AUGGCCGAUAAACUUCGCACUCUCCAGAACCUUGAGGCUCUGCAGGCCCGUCAUGUUGGUACUGGCCACGCCGAUACCACCAAGUACGAAUGGACGUCCAACAUCCUCCGCGACAGCUACUCCUCGUACGUCGGCCACCCACCGCUGCUCUCCUACAUGGCCGUCGGCAUGGGAGAACCUAAGGAGAAGGUUCGCGCAAUGAUGUUGGAGAAGAUGGUUCGAGGCGCUGGGAAUCCUCCUGAGACGCAGGAUUAA